AUGUGCAGGCUGUUCGUCACCAAGCACGGGUUCACCAUCAGCACGAGCGACGUCGACGCUGAACAGUGGACCGCCAUGGACAGCUCCCGGCAGCAGUGCAGGGUGAGCUUCGCCUUCGAAUUCUCGCACACCAUCGUCGAUGUCCGCUACCAGGACGAAGAGGAGAUCUCGCUCUGGAACCGGCUGGGCAAAGUGAUGGCCAAGUACCGAGUGCUGAGGUCAAUGAAAGAAGCGCUACCGCUGAAAAUGAGAAGAGCUCACGAACUCAAGGAAUCCACACUGCACAUCCCCGAGGAGCGGUUACGCGUGGCCUACGUGCGGAUGACCGCGCCUGCCGAGGCCAUCAUGGAGCUCAUCCGCCUAAUCGCGCAGAGCCACGGCAUGAACAUCGUCGAGUCCAACCCAAAUCAAACCAUAAUGACGUUGGGCGAUCGAUGCACGUUCCGGUUGACGGAGGGCACGAACAAGCGCAUGCAGCGCAUCAUUCGAGUCACGUACACGGUCGGCUGGGAGAUGUGGCGGUCGCGGGACUGGGAGGCCGCGGCCGAGGAGUUCUUCCUGGACCUGGGCAUGGCCCUGCGCCGGCGCCGGUUCCUCGACGUCGUCACCAUCACUCCGGAGGUGCGGGCGACGAUCAUCAAGAAGAGCCGGGCGGCGACCAUGACGAAGCGGCGGAUGAGCAUGGCCGACUCGCGAGGCCGUGCGUCGACCCAGGCGGCCAGCGCCCCUCCGUUAGUGCGGGCGGUAUCGCGCCUGAAUCGAGGCUCGACCGCCUCCUCCAGCGCGCUCGCGACGAAUAGAGGCCCCUACACGUCGUCGCCCUACAGCAUAUCUUCAUCAUCUGGCUCGCCCCGAGCCCUCAGCGAGUCUUCGGACAGCUUCGAGUUCAACCCCUUCUCUGAGGCGCUGGAGGACAUCAGCCUGGCCGACGACCACUGA